ACAUCGCGCCCCCCUAUUAGUAACCAUGUUCUACAACGUCGAUAUACUCACGCGCCGCAAGUCAGGCUUGGGUAUUGUAUGGCUCGCUGCUACCCUAGGCAACCGCAGUGUAUUCAGAAAGCUCAACAAAAAGGAAGUGGCAAAUGUCGACAUUGAGAGAGCAUGCCAGACUGUCAUCUCCCCCGCAGAGCCGAUGGCGCUCCGCCUCUCCAGCCAGUUGAUGCACGGAAUCGUGCGCGUCUACGUACAGCAGAAUGAGCUGUGGAUGGCAGACGUGACGAAUGCACAUGCUGCUGUUCGCAAAGUUCUGGUCACAGGGCACAGUGACGGGACAGCAGGAUCGACGGCGGCCAUUGAUUUGCCCGCUGGACAACGACGUGCGCGUAAGGAUCAGAUCACCUUGCCAGAGGACCAUAGCCGCUUGCAGCCGCAGUACUAUGGCCGUUUCGACUUUGACAUGAUGGCUUGGGAAUUCGCGACGGCGGAAGAGGAAAGCAUUUACGGUGACUUUGAGCCGGACCGAGCUUCUCGUGCCACGUCUGUGGUUUCUCAUCGCCACACUGUCGACCUUUCAAAGAUCACGCUCCCCUCAGCCGAGUUACUCCUUGAAGAUGCCACGGAUCGGGAGCUUGAUUACCACGGUCCAGCAGGCGUCGGUCUUGGCAUCGACUUCGGCGGCAAUGAUGGCGAGCAACAUCUCGAUUUGGGCUUGCAUGACCAACAUGACGACCGCGACCGUAGCAUGAAUGAUGGGCUCCCGCCUCUGGACGACUAUGUUCCGCCCUUGGUCGAGACCCGUCCGCCAUCUUAUCGCGACCGUCUUAGCGAUCUAGGCGGUUCUUUUCGUGGCGCCGGCCUCAUGAUUAAUGAGGGCCUAGGCAUCAGCUCCAGUGAUGUCGGGCUCGGGUGGAAUGUACCACGACAGAGCAGCCUACCGCCGUUUGGGGACGACAUGCCGCAUGAUGUCAGCCUUCCCGACGCUCACGUCGCCACAUUCUCUCAAGCUCAAGAAAUGGAGGACCGGGCUGCGAUAGAAGCUAGCAUGAAUUCCCUAGAGCGUGAAGUCCUAAUGGAUGCCAAAGCACAGGUGGAGCAGGGAAAGAAUAAGGAUAGAAGCGGUGCAGGGCAAAAGAAGAAGCGUGUCAGCUUUGUCAAUGAAGACCCGCGGAUCGAGCUCACGGAUGCUGAAAUGCGCAACGCGAGAGAGCAUUACAAGAGACGUAUGAUACAAGAACAAGCUGCUCUUGACAUCAAGAAGAUCGAAAAGGCUGCACAGAAGGAGGCGAACGCUUUGCUCAACUUCCUUCCCCCCACGUUCAUGCCUAACUCUGCCGUGGCCGACCUCUGGGAAUCGACAGUGGGCACUGCCGCUACAAAGAUUGAUGAGGAGAACAAGGAGUGGAGGCUCACCCUCGCCACCUUGCCAGAGGAGGACCGAGUUAGGGAGCGCCAAAAGGGUGAAGCACAUGGCAUGCCUGGGACAUACGGUGAGGGUCAAACUAGUUUCUACAACGAUAACGACGAGCUGCCCCCCUUGGAAGACAUGCCUGAUUUUCUACCAAACGACGGACCUGGGCCAUACCUCGGUCCCUCCGAUAGCUUCUCGGGCAGCGGCGAGAUAGGACGUGGUAUUACAAGCGGCAGUGAUCGCGUGCAGAUGCCUUGGAACAUUCAAGACGACGAACUGCCAUUCAAUGGAACGCAAGAGGAUCCGACCGCAACCUUUCAGUCCUUCUCUAUGGCAGGAACGCCGACUGGCAUGCCAAACAGGGCAUUCCCGCGAGAGAGCUCUCUGUCUCAGCUAUCAGCCGGACCAGACAGCACCUUGCUGCGUACAGGACGCGGCUCCAUUCUCGGCACUCGCCCAGGUCAGCAAGAAGGUCUCGUGAUCGACGAGGAAGAAGCUGCCUUGCUGGGCGGCACUCCCGGCGUCGGCGCGGGACAGACGUCGCAGCUGCCGCUGGUGGAGCUGCGCCGCGAAACGGAGAACUUCUUCACGUACACGAAGCGCAUCGCCGCUAGCUUGCCGCACAAUCAAGCUCUAUUUUUCUCCGAUGUUGUGCCCGUCGCGGACAACAUGCCAACGGUGGCGGCUCAGGCUUUCUAUCAGAUGCUCACACUUGUCACCAAUAGACGCCUGCUCGUCAAGCAGGAGGAGGCGUAUGGCGAGAUCGCAAUCGACUUUGUUCAAACCCCCUUCAUUAUGCAAGAGCCGGGUGCCAGCCUCACUGCUUGAUUUCAAGCGAUGCACCGCCUUCUGUCAGCCUGAAUAUUCAUGCACUCGCAAAUCUUUGUUCGCAAUCAGCCCGUUUCGCUCGCUCGCACGCAUUGUAUUGUCCC